GGGAGGUGGCGGCGAGGGUGGGAGGUGUGUGCGCGCGUGUGCCGCGCGGUGGGGAGCGGCGGGUCGCGCCGCCGGCUGUCAGCUAGCUCGGCGCCGCCGCCCGAUGGCUCGAGGAGGCGCGCGAGCCCAGCUCUGGGGGGCUGCCCCCCGCCGCGGGUGAUCCCCUCUGCCGCCCGCGACUAUGUCACCUCCACCCGCCGCGGUAGCCUCUGCCAGCAGUGCCCACGUCCCCGCCUCCCGCAGCCGCUGCCUUGGACAUUGGCCCCCGGACCCUCGCCCCUGAUCCACGCCCGGACCUCCGAGCCAGAGGACCAUGGCUGGCCAGGGGGACUGCUGUGUCAAGGUGGCCGUCAGGAUCCGGCCCCAACUUUCAAAAGAGAAGAUUGAGGGCUGUCACAUCUGCACGUCCGUCACCCCAGGGGAACCCCAAGUCCUGCUUGGGAAGGACAAGGCAUUCACCUACGACUUCGUCUUCGACUUGGACACCUGGCAGGAACAGAUCUAUUCAACCUGUGUGAACAAGCUCAUUGAGGGCUGCUUUGAGGGCUACAAUGCUACUGUCCUGGCCUACGGGCAGACAGGGGCUGGGAAGACGUAUACUAUGGGCACCGGCUUUGACAUGGCAACGUCAGAGGACGAGCAGGGAAUUAUCCCAAGAGCCAUCGCACAUCUCUUUUCUGGCAUCGCCGAACGCAAGAAGCGGGCACAGGAGCAGGGCAUGACUGGGCCCGAGUUCAAAGUUAGCGCACAGUUCCUGGAGCUCUACAACGAGGAGAUCCUCGACCUGUUUGACAGCACCCGCGAUCCUGAUGCCCGCCACCGUAGGUCCAACAUCAAGAUCCAUGAAGACGCCAAUGGCAGCAUCUACACUACGGGCGUCACUUCCCGCCUCAUCAAUUCCCAAGAAGAGCUGAUCCAGUGCCUGAAGCAGGGGGCGCUGUCGCGCACCACGGCCAGCACCCAGAUGAAUGUGCAGAGCUCGCGCUCCCACGCCAUCUUCACCAUCCACCUGUGCCAGAUGCGGUUGUGCUCCCAGCCCGACUUGGUGAAUGAGGCAGUUGCUGGACUUCCUGAGGGCACAGCUCCUGCCAACGAGUAUGAGACCCUCACUGCUAAGUUUCACUUUGUGGACCUGGCUGGCUCUGAACGGCUGAAGCGGACUGGAGCAACCGGCGAGCGGGCCAAGGAAGGAAUCUCUAUCAACUGUGGCCUGCUGGCUCUGGGCAACGUGAUCAGUGCCUUGGGGGACCAGAGCAAGAAGGUGGUGCACGUGCCCUACAGGGACUCCAAGCUCACCCGGCUCCUCCAGGACUCGCUGGGGGGCAACAGCCAGACCAUCAUGAUCGCCUGCGUGAGCCCCUCAGACCGGGACUUCAUGGAGACACUCAAUACACUGAAAUAUGCCAACCGGGCCCGCAACAUCAAGAACAAGGUGGUGGUGAACCAGGACAAGACCAGCCAGCAGAUCAGCGCACUGCGGGCAGAGAUUGCACGCUUGCAGAUGGAGCUGAUGGAGUACAAGGCGGGCAAGCGGGUGAUUGGGGAGGACGGUGCUGAAGCCUACAGCGACCUGUUCCGGGAGAACGCCAUGCUGCAGAAGGAGAACGGGGCACUGCGGCUGCGGGUAAAGGCGAUGCAGGAAGCCAUCGAUGCCAUCAACAACCGUGUCACCCAACUCAUGAGCCAGGAGGCCAACCUGCUGCUGGCCAAGGCCGGUGAUGGUAACGAGGCCAUCGGAGCCCUGAUCCAGAACUACAUCCGAGAAAUCGAGGAGCUGCGGACGAAGCUCCUGGAGAGUGAGGCCAUGAACGAAUCGCUCCGCCGCAACCUCUCACGGGCCUCAGCUCGCAGCCCCUACUCCCUGGGCUCAUCUCCCGCUGCCCCGAACUUCGGGGGCAGCCCGGCCAGCUCCAUGGAGGAUGCCACCGAGGUGAUCCGCAAGGCCAAGCAGGACCUGGAGCGGCUGAAGAAGAAGGAGAGCCGGCAGAGGAGAAAGAGCCCAGAGAAGGACGCCUUCAAAAAGAGGGCGAAACUCCAAGAGGAAAAUGGCGAGGAGACCGAGAAUGAGGCUGAGGAGGAGGAGGAAGAGCGGGACGAAAGCGGCUGUGAGGAGGAGGAAGGGCGAGAGGAUGAAGACGAGGACUCGGGCAGUGAGGAGAGCCUUGUGGACUCGGACUCGGACCCUGAGGAGAAGGAGGUGAACUUCCAGGCGGACCUGGCCGACCUGACAUGCGAAAUCGAGAUCAAGCAGAAGCUGAUUGACGAGCUGGAGAACAGCCAGCGGCGGCUGCAGACUCUCAAGCACCAGUAUGAGGAGAAACUGAUCCUGCUGCAGAACAAGAUCCGAGACACGCAGCUGGAACGGGACCGCGUGCUGCAGAACCUCAGCACCAUGGAGUGCUACACGGAGGAGAAGGCCAACAAAAUCAAGGCAGAUUAUGAGAAGAGACUGCGGGAGAUGAACCGUGACUUGCAGAAGCUACAGGCUGCACAGAAGGAGCACGCGAGGUUGCUCAAGAACCAGUCUCGCUAUGAGAGGGAGCUGAAGAAGCUCCAGGCUGAGGUGGCCGAGAUGAAGAAGGCCAAGGUGGCCCUGAUGAAGCAGAUGCGUGAGGAACAGCAGCGGCGACGGCUGGUGGAGACCAAGAGGAACAGGGAGAUCGCUCAGCUCAAGAAGGAGCAGCGGCGGCAGGAGUUUCAGAUCCGGGCUCUGGAGUCCCAGAAGCGGCAACAGGAAAUAGUCUUAAGGAGGAAGACCCAGGAGGUUUCUGCACUGAGGCGCCUGGCAAAACCCAUGUCUGAGCGGGUGGCAGGGCGGGCAGGACUGAAGCCGCCCAUGCUGGACUCGGGGGCAGAGGUGUCGGCCAGCACGACAUCGUCUGAAGCUGAGUCGGGGGCCCGCUCCGUCUCCAGCAUCGUGCGCCAGUGGAACCGCAAGAUCAACCACUUCCUGGGGGACCACCCCUCGCCUGCGGUAAACGGCACGCGCCCUGCCAGAAAGAAGUUCCAGAAGAAGGGGGCCAGCCAGAGCUUCAGCAAGGCAGCGAGGCUCAAGUGGCAGUCCCUGGAGCGGCGGAUCAUCGACAUUGUCAUGCAGAGGAUGACCAUCGUCAACCUGGAGGCCGACAUGGAGCGGCUCAUCAAGAAAAGGGAGGAGCUGUUCCUCCUGCAGGAGGCGCUGCGGAGGAAGCGGGAGCGGCUGCAGGCUGAGAGUCCGGAGGAGGAGAAGGGGCUGCAGGAGCUGGCCGAGGAGAUUGAGGUGCUGGCAGCCAACAUCGACUACAUCAACGACAGCAUCACUGACUGUCAGGCCACCAUAGUGCAGCUAGAGGAGACCAAGGAGGAGCUGGACUCCACGGACACGUCGGUGGUCAUCAGCUCCUGCUCGCUGGCCGAAGCCCGCCUCCUGCUGGACAACUUCCUCAAGGCGUCUAUUGACAAGGGACUGCAGGUGGCACAGAAGGAGGCCCAGAUCCGAUUGCUGGAGGGGCGGCUGAGGCAGACAGACAUGACGGGCGCCUCCCAGAACCACAUGCUCCUGGAUGCCCUGCGUGAGAAGGCCGAGGCACACCCUGAGCUACAAGCCCUCAUCUACAACGUGCAGCAGGAGAAUGGCUACGCAAGCACAGAUGAAGAAGUCUCGGAAUUCUCCGAGGGGAGCUUCUCCCAGUCAUUCACCAUGAAGGGCUCCACCAGCCAUGAUGACUUCAAGUUCAAGGGCGAACCCAAGCUGUCUGCCCAAAUGAAGGCUGUUUCGGCCGAGUGCCUGGGUCCCCCACUGGACAUCUCCACCAAGAACAUCACCAAGUCCCUGGCCUCCUUGGUUGAGAUAAAAGAAGACGCAGUGGGCUUCUCCAUCCGAGACCCCUAUUACCGGGACAAGGUCUCCCGCACCAUCAGCCUGCCCACCAGAGGCAACACCUUCCCCCGGCAGUCUCGUGGCAUGGAGACGUCCCCUCUGACCCGAAGGAAGUCCUAUGACCGAGGACAGCCCAUUCGGUCCACAGAUGUGGGAUUCACGCCCCCCUCGUCCCCUCCCACUAGGCCCCGCAAUGACCGCAACGUCUUCUCUCGUCUCACCAGUAAUCAGAGCCAGGGAUCGGCGCUGGACAAGUCUGAUGACAGCGACUCCUCUUUGUCGGAGGUCCUGAGGGGCAUCAUCACGCCCGUUGGAGGGGUGAAGGGUGCACGGACAGCCCCGCUGCAGUGCGUCUCUGUUGCUGAGGGCCACACCAAGCCCAUCCUCUGCCUGGAUGCCACUGAUGAGCUGCUUUUCACAGGCUCCAAAGACCGCAGCUGCAAGAUGUGGAACUUGGUGACAGGACAGGAGAUCGUGGCCCUCAAGGGUCAUCCCAACAACGUGGUGUCCAUCAAGUACUGCAGCCACUCGGGGCUGGUGUUCUCCGUGUCCACCUCCUACAUCAAGGUGUGGGACAUCCGGGACUCAGCCAAGUGCAUCCGCACCCUCACGUCCUCAGGCCAGGUGAUCUCCGGUGACGCCUGUGCAGCCACGUCCACCCGUGCCAUCACCAGUGCUCAGGGGGAGCACCAGAUCAACCAGAUCGCCCUCAGCCCCUCGGGCACCAUGCUGUACGCCGCCUCGGGCAACGCUGUCCGCAUCUGGGAGCUCAGCAGGUUCCAGCCCAUCGGCAAGCUUACUGGCCACAUCGGCCCUGUGAUGUGCCUCACGGUCAGCCAGACAUCCAGCCUCCAUGACCUCGUGGUGACAGGCUCCAAAGACCACUAUGUUAAGAUGUUCGAGCUUGGGGAGUGUGUGACGGGCACUGUGAGCCCCACCCACAACUUCGAGCCCCCACACUACGACGGAAUCGAGUGUCUUGCCAUCCAGGGAGACAUCCUGUUCAGUGGCUCCCGAGACAAUGGCGUCAAGAAGUGGGACCUGGAGCAGCAGGAGCUCAUCCAGCAAAUCCCAAACGCACACAAGGACUGGGUGUGUGCCCUGGCCUUCGUCCCUGGCCGCCCCAUGCUGCUCAGUGCCUGUCGAGCGGGCGUCAUCAAGGUCUGGAACGUGGACAACUUCACGCCCAUCGGAGAGAUCAAGGGCCACGACAGCCCCAUCAACGCCAUCUGCACCAACAGCAAACACAUCUUCACGGCCUCCAGCGACUGCCGGGUCAAGUUGUGGAAUUACGUCCCUGGACUCACCCCCUGCCUUCCACGCCGAGUCCUGGCCAUAAAGGGCCGCGCCACCACCCUGCCCUGACACCCCCCCCACCCCCCACCCCUCUCCUUUCUCGCUCUUCCCUUCUUUCCGUUUCCCCCUCUCUCUCUCCACUUCGGUCUGAGCUGCUUCUUAACGGUAUGAGAUUAUUUUACUCCUUUCUGCUCUCCUUUGCAUCGUGCCUGGCCCAGAGACUGCCCCCUUUACCUGCCCUCCUG